GGAGUUCUCGUUGCUGUACGGUGAGUUUGUUGCUGCGUUCAAUGGGAGUGCGGCUGCUGAGCGCCUUGUGUUCGCGACGAGCCUGCCGCACUGGGCAGACGAGAGCACGACGUCUGCGACGGUGCAGAAGUUCCACGCUGCUGUGAAGGACAUGACGAAGAGGACCCCAAUAGCGCUGAGGAGCUUUGCCAACACACUGCUGUUGAAAACUGUUCUCUCUCGGAUGGACCAGGUGAGUGCGGAACUCUUGGCCGACUUCUUCUACACCAAUGUUGCUAUCCGGGUGGAUGACAUGCUGUACGGGACCUUUGAUGAUACCACGGAUUGCGCCUUGCAGGGUGUGGAGGGUGAAGGCGGGUGUGCUGUGAACUACGGAGCGACGCGUAUUUCUGUGUGGUCGAUGGCCCGCGUGUUUGACCCCACGGUGCCUGAGCUGUUCUCCCCUGUGACACCGUCAAUGGUGUACAGGGAACCUUCUGGUGGUCUCACGUUGCAGCAGUUAAUUGGCAUUAUUGCUGGGUCAGUUGCUGGCGUACUGUUGGCUGCAAUGAUCGUAAGCAUACUGUGCUGCCGGAGAGACGCCCGUGACAACAACAACGCCCCGAAGGAGCCCACAGACCCCGUGACGCUUGUGUUCACUGACAUCGAGAGCAGCACUGCGCUGUGGGCUGCGUGCCCCGAGA